CCAUUCCAACCAGCUGUUCUGCGACUGCCACCUGGGCUGGCUCGCGCAGUGGCUGCGCCAGCGCCCCGCCAUCGGGCUCUUCACACAGUGCGCCGGGCCCCCCCCCCCUCCGCGGCAUCAGCCUGCCCGAGCUCCAGAAAAACGAGUUCAGCUGCUCAGGCCAGGAAGAGACAGGGUGCGUCCCACGGCCACAGUGCCCUCAGGAGUGCACCUGCCUGGACACGGUCGUUCGCUGCAGCAACAAACACCUCAAGUCGCUGCCCAAGGGGAUCCCAAAGAACGUCACUGAGCUUUACCUGGACGGCAAUCAGUUCACACUGGUCCCCGGAGAGCUCUCCUCCUUCCGAUCCCUGCAGCUGGUUGACCUGAGCAACAACAAGAUCAGCUCCUUGAGCAACUCCUCCUUCACCAACACGAGCCAGCUCACCACCCUGAUCCUCAGUUACAACGCCCUGCAGUGCAUCCCCCCGCUGGCCUUCGAAGGGCUCCAGGCGCUCCGGCUGCUGUCUCUGCAUGGCAACGACAUCUCCAGCCUGCCAGAGGGCAUCUUCGCCGACGUCACCUCCUUGUCCCACCUCGCCAUCGGGGCCAACCCCCUGUACUGUGACUGCCACCUGCGCUGGCUCUCGGGCUGGGUCAAAACAGGCUACAAGGAGCCCGGCAUCGCCCGCUGCGCCGGCCCGCCCGACAUGGAAGGCAAGCUGCUGCUCACCACCCCGGCCAAGAAGUUUGAGUGCCAAGGUCCGCCGGCCCUGAGCAUCCAGGCCAAGUGUGAUCCCUGCCUCUCCAGCCCGUGCCAGAACCAAGGCACCUGCCACAGUGACCCGCUGGCCGCCUACCGCUGCACCUGCCCCAGCGGGUACAAGGGCAAAGACUGCGAGGAGCCCGUGGACAGCUGCUCCAGUAGCCCCUGCGCCAACGGCGGGACCUGCCAGCCCCCGGAGCGGGAGGGGACCGGGUUCACGUGCCUUUGUGCAGCAGGAUUCGAGGGGCCGACCUGCAGCGCCAUCACCGACGUCUGCCAGGACCAGGCCUGUGCCAACGGGGGCACCUGCAUGCCUGGGCUCGGAAACGGCACCUGUCUGUGCCAGCCCCACUACACAGGACGGGCCUGCGAGGAGCUGCUGGAUCUCUGCUCCGUGGAGCUCAGCCCCUGCCCGCACGGUGCCCAGUGCGUCGUCACUGCCGCGGGGCCCCGGUGUGAGUGUGCCCCCGGCUACGGGGGGGACAACUGCAGCCUGGACCCUGGCUGCCGGGACCACCGCUGCCAGCACGGCGCCCAGUGCCAGGCCGAGGGGAGCGGCUACUCCUGCCUCUGCACACAGGGCUACAGCGGGCAGCUGUGUGAGAUGCCGCCUCGCGCCCAGCCCAGUCUCUGCGCGCGGGCCGAGUGCCAGAACGGGGCCGACUGCGUGGAGCUGGGCACCCGGGCCGUGUGCCGCUGCCCCCCCGGCUUCGGGGGCCCCAAGUGCGAGAAGCUGCUGAGCGUCAACUUUGUGGACCGGGACACGUACCUGCAAUUCACCGACCUGCACAACUGGCCGCGGGCCAACAUCACGCUGCAGGUCUCCACGGCCGAGGACAACGGGAUCCUGCUGUACAACGGGGAUCGGGACCACAUGGCCGUGGAGCUGUACCAGGGCCACGUGCGGGUCAGCUACGACCCCGGCAGCUACCCCAGCUCGGCCAUCUACAGCGCCGAGACCAUCAACGACGGGCAGUUCCACACGGUGGAGCUGGUGACCUUCGAGCAGAUGGUGAAUCUCUCCAUCGACGGCGGCAGCCCCAUGACCAUGGACAGCUUCGGCAAGCCCCACACGCUGACCAGCGAGGCGCCGCUCUACGUGGGAGGCAUGCCGGUGGACGUGAACUCGGCCGCCUUCCGCCUCUGGCAGAUCCUCAACGGCACCGGCUUCCAUGGCUGCAUCCGCAACCUCUACAUCAACCACGAGCUGCAGGACUUCACCAAGACCCAGAUGAAGCCGGGGGUGGUGCCGGGCUGCGAGCCAUGCCGCAAACUGUACUGCCUGCAUGGCCUAUGCCAGCCCGACGCCGCCCACGGCCCCGUCUGCCACUGCGAGCCGGGCUGGGCAGGGCCCCACUGCGACCAGCAGGGCCACAGCCCCUGCCAGGGCCACAAGUGUGUCCAUGGGGACUGCGUGCCCCUCGACGCCCUCUCCUACAGCUGCCAGUGCCGUGACGGGUACCACGGCGCCCUGUGCAGCCAGCCGGGCGAGCUCGACAACCCCUGCAAGAGCCUGCCUUGCGUGCACGGGCACUGCCAGAUCUCGGCCCGGGGGGAGGCGUCCUGCGAAUGCCAGAGCGGCUACGCCGGCCAGCUGUGCGACCAAGAGUCGGAGUGCCGGGGCGAGCCGGUGCGGGAGCACCCCCAGGUGCAGCGGGGCUAUGCCAUCUGCCAGACCACGCGCCCCGUCUCCUGGGUGGAGUGCCGGGGCUCCUGCCAGGGCCAGGGCUGCUGCACGGGGCUGCGCCUCAAGCGGAGGAAGUUCACCUUCGAGUGCAGCGACGGCUCCUCCUUCGUGGAGGAGGUGGAGAAGGCCAGCAAGUGCGGCUGCGCCCGGUGCAUGUAGCAGCCGGCGGCGGGAGGCAGCAGAGCCGGGGCCCGCCGAGGAGAACGCCGCUAGAGACGAGGGGCGGAGCCGCUGGAGGCACCGCCCAUGAGCUGGGACUCCCAAAGCCCGCGUCGCUGUCCGAGCAGGCCCCGCCGGCCGCCCUGGAGCAGGGGCUGCCGCGUGCCGCGAGCCACCACAGGACACCCGUGUAGAGAGGGAGGGUUUUUUAAAACUGCAGCUCCCCAAAUGUAUUUAUAGUGGGUGGGGACACGGGGAGCAGGCCCAGCCCCCGCCCUGUGUUUGCUUUCUCCGCUUUGUACAGCCCCAGACCCGCUCUGGCCCACCCCCGCUCCCAGCCUGCGUAAAUUCCCGUGGGACGGGCUGCCAGGUCGGCCGAGGGACCGGGGGCUGGGCCGC